AUGUGUCACACUGCUCAGCGUUUAAAAAUGCUCUUGAUCACGUGGAAACCUGUUUCGAUUCUGAAUGCGACACGAAAUAUUGAGAAUGGCUCAAAUACGAAAAAAUAUAUCGCUCAUCAAUCAAGAUGCGAGGAUGAAAUCUGCACUCUUUGCGUCCCGAUGAAAGAAAAGUACUACGAUCUGGCAUACAAAGCUGCUCGCGAAAAAGCCCGAGACAUGCUCAAUAAACUCAGACGAAAAGAACAACUGGACAAAAUCUACAAUAAAUUCGAAUCAGCCACCGAUGCAAUCGUCCCGACUGACUUCAAUUACCAAGGAAACUAUGCUGCUACCGAAUAG